AUGAACCCACCUAUCUUCCUCCUCCUCUCCAUCCUACCUCUAUCCCUAGCCACCCAACCCUUCGUCCCCGUCCACGGCUGCGAAUGGGUCCACGAACUCACGCCGCUCACGAACUUCACCUACACCCACCCUCUCUCCCCCUCCCAAUCUAACACCACAACCCCGCCCUCAUAUAUACACUGGGCCGCCCCCGCAAUCUCAGUAUCCUGUUCCAACCCCAACCCCAGCUUCAUCGGCUUCCAAAACGCCAGCGCCGUAGCCUGCGUCUCGCCAGGCGAUGAAGGCCGCUUUCUCGUUUCCGCAGAUGGGAAGAACGCGACGGUGAUAUUUAGGGUGUAUGUGCAAUGCGCCGCGGAUAUAUUUGCGUUUCACUACGAGGCAGGGUUUGAGAUGGAGUGUGUACCCGCCGCCGCCACCGGCGACUUGGGGACGGUGAUGGCUGGAAAGUGUGAAGAAGAUACUGAGGGCGGGGUGUGA